AUGAACGUCUGCCUUGCCCCCAACUUGGUCGCGUUCUUCGGCGUCUUCAUGCGCCUCCAACGCGUCGGCUACCUCAUCCUCAGCGACUCUACGGCACCUGGCUUCGCGCGCGCCGACAUCGCCGUGCGGAAGGCGCCGCUCGAGCCAACGAGCGCAAUGCACAUGUUCAUGACAGGGCACCCGCUCCCGUGGUGGUCGCGUAUACAGGCGCCAUUCCAGCCGUGCACGCUCCUCGUCCUGUGCCGCGUGGACGCCGUCGCUCUCAGCUCGCUCGUCGAGGCCGACCUGGUCCGGCGCGUGUUCGAGGACCGGUCGUGGGCGCCGGUGCGAGGGACGGUGUUCGUGAUCACCGAGCUCGAGUACGUGCACCGCAGCAAGUCCGUGCGGGUCCGGAUGAGCGAAACGCGGGUGGUACGGAUGCGGGAGGAGGAGGAGGAGGAGUGGUGCACGGUGCCGGGCCGAGGCGAGAAUCGGUCCCAAGACGAACGAGCAAGGCUUUCUGCUCCACCGGUCCAUGAGGCUUCAGGCGACCCGUUCUUCCGGGUGCGGGUCGCGGAUCUCGAGCGCAGCGCAGCGCUCGACGAAACAACCUGGGGCCCCGGGCCCGUCGGUUUGAACCUGCUCCGGACGGCGGGCGGGACGCGCUGCUGCUCGAUCGCGCGCUGCCAGCUGUGA